GCUGGAGAGGCAGCAGAGUAGCUGUAGGGAGCGGGUGUCGCGCCCCACAGGCUCCAGCCAGGAUCUGUGUCCCCGCCCGAGGGACAAACCUUCACGCCUUACAAUGUUGUAACCCUGCUUCGCAGAGUAACGCUGAUACACAACACACCGUGACUCAGCAUGAAGCAGGUGAUGUCUCGGGACGGGUCAGGCUCAAGGCUUUGUCCCGUCCCCCGCCUAGACUCCUGAAGGAUGUAAGCAGGCAGCACUUUAACAACCUGUCUCAUGUAUUGAUUGCUGGUUUCCCCCGCUUGAAAACCUACUGGCGUUUGAGGUUGGGCUCAAAGGCAGAGGAAGUUUUGGGAAUGCCCAUAUUACAAAGCCUAAGUGCCUUCAUUGUACUGUACUUCAUCAGCAGGAAGACUACAUUUAAGCACAAGUACCCACCAAGGAUUCCAAAAGAAGAGGUGACAGUGAAAGCUUUGUAAUUUGUAGAACUGGAUCUUUCUUAAGCUGUGGUCUAUGGACCAGCCCUUCUUGACUAUUAAAACCCAUUGUGAGGAAUGAAGCUUUAUUAUUCAUCAAUUCCCACUUUCUCCUCCAGUUCGAUCAGGGGAAAAACAAACAACACUACCUUAUGAAUCAUAGCAUCAAGAAUGGUCAUAAUUAAAGACCAAAACUAUUAGCGAAUGCAAAGAAUCAAGAUUUGUUUUGUUCUGAAGGAAAACAGCUUGCCUGUCUCUACAAGCCAAGAGGCCUGUGCACCAGAGACCUCACAGUAUAAACAAGUCAGAUGUGUUCUCCAAGGAGCUUGCUGCAAUCUAAUUUCAGACAUGACACAAGAUAGGGAGUUACAAAACUGAAGGGAAAAGUUGCAAGAGGAAGGACAGAGUGAAAGCGCUAAGAUUACAUGGUUUCUCAACAAAGAUUAAAGAGCAGAAAGUUGUAGUUGAUGAGCUUUCCAACUUGAAGAAGAACCGGAAAGUUUACAAACAGCAACCCAAUAGCAACAUAUUCUUUCUUGUAGACAGAACAGAAACACUAUCUGAAUGCAAAAACACAUUAGAUGACCUGAAGAAGGCACAUCAGGAGAUAGAAAAUUCAGAGAAGACCAAAAUCAGGAAAUAGACCAUUUAAAUUCUACAUAGCAAUGUGUGGCAUUUGUUGUGUUGUCAGCUUGUCUGUUCAGCACACUGUUGGUGGGUUCUUCAAAGAUGAUCUGCUGUGCAACCUUAGAAGAAGAGGACCUAACAGCAGCCAGCAUCUGAUAAAGACUGUGUCUGAUCUCUCCUACCAGUGUUUGUUUUCUGGCCAUAUACUUCACUUGAGGGGAUUGAUGACUCCCCAGCCUCUGACAGACAUUGAUAACAAUGUGUUUCUUUGGAAUGGAGAAGUCUUCAAUGGAAUUCACAUAGGGACAGUAGAGAAUGACACUCAAGUUAUGUUUCAUCAUCUUUCAUCAUGUAGUAGUGAAUCUGAUAUUUUGUCACUCUUCUCAUCUGUUCAGGGUCCAUGGUCUUUUAUUUAUUAUCAAGCAUCUAGACACUACUUGUGGUUUGGUAGGGAUUAUUUUGGUCGUCGUAGUUUGUUGUGGCAGUUUAAUAAUGAGCUAGACAGGGCUCUCUGUCUGUCGUCGGUAAGUGCUCUUUCUGACUCUGAUAACCAAUGGCAGGAAGUUCCAGCAUCUGGAAUUUACAAAAUCGAUCUCAAGGCCUGUGCUAUAUCUGAAUCUUUGGUUUUAAUAUUAUAUCCCUGGAAAUACCAUUCCAGAGAAAAUGCAAUAGAAGAAACAUUCCUCAGUGGCUUGGAUCAGAUUUCAAAAGAUUUACCUGCCUAUGUGUCUCUUACGAUGAGUGAGUCAAAACUUUCUCUAAUAACACCAGUUGUUCCUUUAAAUAGGACAGUUCCUGAAACUUCAGUUGACUCUCAUUGCCCUAAUAUUACUAAUAGUUUAGUUACUGUAGAAGAUCUUCAUGGAUUUCUUGCAGAAGAGCACAAGAAGAAAUUGGUCCAUCAGCUUAUUGAUGUUUUAAGUGAAGCAGUAAAGAGACGUGUUUUAUAUCUGUUUAGAGAUACAGAUGAGCUAACAGGAGAAAUUCUGAGUAUAUCUACCAAGAAAGCACAUGUUGCAAUACUGUUUUCUGGUGGCAUUGAUUCUAUGCUUAUUGCAACCCUAGCUGAUCGACAUAUUCCUUCGGAGGAACCAAUUGAUCUUCUUAAUGUAGCCUUCAUGAUUAAAGAACAGACUAAACAAAGCAAGCAGAAAAAACAACAUGAAUUGCAUUCUUGUCAGGAAUGCUUUAAAAAACUUGAUACUACACUUGUUGAUAACUUGUCUCGCUUCAAUGUGCCUGACAGAAUCACUGGCAGGGCAGGACUGGAAGAACUAGAGACUAUUAAUCCUUCAAGAACUUGGAAUUUUGUGGAAAUUAAUGUUACACUUGAGGAACUGAAAAGAAUGAGACAACAGCGCAUAAGCCACUUAGUUUAUCCAUUGGAUACUGUUCUGGAUGACAGCAUUGGUUGUGCAGUUUGGUUUGCUUCCAGGGGAGAAGGUUUUAUUACUACCCAGGGGGAUGUAAAACCAUAUAAAAGUUCUGCAAAGGUUGUGCUUACAGGAAUUGGAGCAGAUGAGCAGCUUGCAGGCUAUUCCCGACAUCGUGUUUGCUUCAGAAAAUAUGGUUUAGAUGGCUUGAAUAAGGAACUAGGAAUGGAGCUGGCUCGCAUUUCUUCUAGAAAUCUUGGCCGGGAUGACAGGAUUAUUGGAGAUCAUGGAAAAGAAGCAAGAUUUCCUUUCCUUGAUGAAGAUGUUGUUUCGUUUCUUAACUCUCUGCCUGUUUCGGAAAAAGCAGACUUGACUCUACCUCGAGGAAUUGGUGAGAAAUUACUUUUGCGCCUGGCAGCUAAGGAGCUUGGACUCACGGCCUCUGCUAUUCUGCCAAAGAGGGCCAUGCAGUUUGGAACCCGGAUUGCAAAAAUGGAAAACAGCAGUGAAAAGGCAUCUGAUAAAUGCAGCAGACUUCAGUCAGUUUCAGUAGACUAACUUAUGAGGCUGCAAUUGAAGGUUUGUUCACAGCACAUCUUAUGGGAAAUUUAUGGUUAAAAUUUUGUAUUUUAUUAUGUGUGGAUAUUCAAUAAAUCCUCAACAUUUUUGAAUUGUGUUUUAUUUACUGGUUUUAAUCAG